ACCGAGAGCUAGGCGGCAAGCACGCUGUCGUCGAGAGUCGCACGCCGCGAGCCGGAACAGACACCACGUGACGCGCGCUCUCGCCGGAUAAACACGUGUCGCGCAGGCGAGCUUGCGAGCUUUCCACAGUCGUAUAACAUUGCUUGGAUGAGAUUUCGUUUCAUGGUUUUUAUUCGAAGCUGCGAGCUUGAGUUUUUUCAGCGUUUCGGAGAGCCCAGUCGCAAAUAAUUGACUUAAUUGAAUAACUUAUGUUACUUUGAAACUCGGUUCUUGAUUUAGUACGCCGAUUAAAGUAUCGAGAUGGCCCUACGCCCUACGCACGGGAAGUGAAUCGUUGCUACUACUCCGCCAGAAAAGUCGGAGGAAUAAAAUGACUAUGGACGUAAGCAAGACGGAACCCAGUAGAAACGGAGCUGCGCAGCAGCAGUGCGCCGGGUGCAACAAACCGAUCACAGAGAGGUAUUUGCUGAGGGCGUUAGACAUGUUCUGGCACGAGGACUGCCUCAAGUGCGGCUGCUGCGAUUGCAGAUUAGGCGAAGUCGGCUCGACUUGCUACACCAAAGCCAACCUCAUACUCUGCAAACGCGACUACUUACGAUUAUUCGGGAACACCGGCCACUGCGCUGCGUGCAGCAAGGCGAUCCCAGCCUUCGAGAUGGUCAUGAGAGCGAGGACGAACGUUUAUCAUCUGGAAUGCUUCGCGUGUCAACAGUGCAAUCACAGAUUCUGCGUGGGCGACCGUUUCUACCUGUGCGAGAACAAGAUCCUCUGCGAGUACGACUACGAGGAGCGACUGAUGUUCGCAAACAUGGCCCUGCACCCGCCGACGACCGCGACUCUGGCGCACAUCAAACGACAGGUGACUCAUCUACAGCCACAGACGGUAACGGCCGGCGGCGGAGCGGCAGCCAACCAACAGCAACAGCAACAGCAGCAGCGGCAAACCAACGGCAUCGGCGGCGCGGUCAACGAUUCCGCGAGUGGUCACAACGGCUACCCGGGUGUGCCCACGAGCUCGAGCAGCAGCGGUGGCGGUCUCGGAGCCUUGGCAGGCCUCAACAACGGACUCGGCGGGCCCCAGCCCACUGGCUACGAGGCCAAAUGACAGGCCAAAUAAGGGGCUCAUAGACUCGGACAUGGUCGAACGAUGCGCUGAGGCACUUUGUAUGCGUUGAAGAAUUCGGUGGGAGCAGAGUACUUUUCGAGAUUUUUCAAGCGGAUGGGUUGAGUUGCUGGAAAUUGAGCUACGCGAUUGAUGAAUAAUUUUGUUUUGUUAAAUUGAUGAAUGCAGGACGAUUAGGGCAUUAGAUCACGUUGACAAUCCAAUGUUGAAGGACAGGAAAAAUCUCGAAAAGUACAAAUGAUAAAGCUGAGCGAACUCGGUGAUGAUAACAUGGACGAUAGAUUGUAAAGACGUAACCCUCGUCUGUGGAAACGUAGUCUGACCGAACUUUAUGCGCGUAAAUCUUACUGUAGAUAGAAUACCCGAGUAGAAGUUUAGUCGUCGAUCUGAAAAAGUAAAACUUUGGUGCUCUUUAGACAAUUCUUAAAAUAAAAUAUUCUACCGAGUAAGGGAAACACAUGUUUUAUUCAAAACGUUCUGUCGACGUUUAUCAUUCGUGUGUUUGAUACAAACAUGAAUCUUUCGGUCAGCAAGUAGCCAUGCGUUUUCGUGAGCUCAAAAGGUCAGUCACUUAAAAAAAUGUAUAUUAUUUAUCAAUACCCAAUGAAAAGACUGUUACUUUUAAAAUAUUUUUGUUGAGCAAAAAAGUGACGGUUCAAAACGAUAUUUCGAGUCACUGGGCAAUGUACGCCAUAUGCUAUAACUUAUGAAAUACCCCUUAAAAAUAUCCAAGACUGUUCCGACAACUCUCAUUAAGCAUAAAUCCCAACUAUAGAUCCGAACCCCCCGCGCUUGUCGAACGGCAAAACAAAAACAACAAGGAAAAAGGAAAUCGCCGCAAACUACCGAAAAAGAGAUACAAACAGCAGUGACGCGAA